UUCAAUUAAUAAUACAUAAAAAAUUUUUAACAAAAAAUAUUUUUUUGUUGUAAAAAAUAGAAAAUUAUUAUUAGUAUUUAUAGAAAAAAAUAACCAUGAACAAACUAAUUAUAUUAUCGCUAACUAUUAUUAUAGUAAGUCUUAAUUUGGUAACUAGUGAUCCAUUAAAAUCCCUGUUAACCGACAAUGAGGUCCACAAUUGUCCCGAUGAUCACGAAGAUUGUAAUAUCAUAAUACCGUGCACCUGCUCGAUAUAUAUGGGAGAACAUUGCGGUAUACGUAAAAAUCAAGUUGGACCGGCCGGCCCGAAGUUUCUGGUACUCAGGGGCCGGGAAUGUAAAACAAAUAUACUCUAUACGUGUACUAAGGCUAACAAAAUAGCUGAGGAAACCGCCUACUGUCCCAAGUAUUGCAAUUGUCGUGACAAUGAAUACGGACGGGAUAUAUGCCUGACCCGUAUGCAGAACCAAACAUUAAUUAAUUAAAACUAAUUAAUUAAUUAAAAAAAAUUUGAAUAAUAAUAAUAAUUUUAACUUGCUAUAAUUUUAAAAUUAAUAAUCUGGAUUU